ACGAUCCUAUUAUGCCGCUUUAACUUAACCAUAUUAUAUUAUUUAAUAUUAGUUUGUGUUUUUUUUUAUUAUUAACAUGUUAUAACAUAAUGAUUAAACUGUGAUUUAUAACCAUUGGAUUUUCAAUUAACGACAUGGACUUAUAUUUAAUUGUUGUUAAACGUGCUUCUUCAUACAAAUUAAUAGAUAAAACCUAUUAACAUAUUGGAGCUUAUAUUAAAAAAGGCUACAGAAUUAAAUAAUAAAUCAUCAUGGCGACCGAAGUAGGAUCGGACUUCGCACAUAUACAAGAUGAGGAUAUGUUACGGAAAAUGUGGCAACAAACCGAGGAUUUUGGUAAGAAGAAAGAGAUUCGUAUGAGAAUGUAUAAACUUCGAGAACAACGGCUUAAAGAGUUUUAUACGACAGGUGAAAUGAUUCAAACAGAAACAACAUCUAAACGCUCAUCAACCAGAACGCAUACUGAAUCUAUUACGGAUCAAGGAUUCAUGACUAUGAAAUCUAAAGAGAUCCGGGAUUCUGAAUCUCCGACAGAAGAAUAUCAACGACAAUCCAAUACUAACAAAAAUUAUUAUGUGUCGUCGAAAAUUGAUGAAUCGGAUGGUAGUAGAGGAAUAGUUGAAAUAGAACAGGCCAGCUCUUUAAAGCCAAAUGAAGAUUAUACUCAAAAUACAUUGCAAACGUCCAUGUCUAGCUCUACGUCAACCAAAUGGAGAUCGUCACAGACUACUAUUUCUGUAUCAGAAGAAGUUCAAAAGGCUGAUGUAAAUUUGAAUUCCAAAUUUAUUGUCAACGAACAGAAUAACGAAGAUAGUCAGUUGACAUUUGAUACUUCAUAUAAUAAUUCAGACAGCUCAAAUAUUGAUAGUAAGGUAAUUGAAUCAAUAUCUACUACAAACUUAGAAAAUAUCAAACGAGAUGAUAAUAAUCAAUAUUCAGAUGGUCAUCAAAAAGUAAUAGAAACUUAUACAUCCAGCGGUGAACUAUUUGAGCCUGUAUCAGAAAAUAAAUCAAAUAAAGACGGUACUUUAAUAGAAAAUACAUACAUCUCAAAUAUUUCAUCAAACAAGUCCGAAAAUGUUGAGGUGGCUACGGAUAGUAAAAUUAUAAACGAACUUCAUAAACUGGACUCUUAUCUAUCCACUCAACAGUCAACUACAGAUUCUUCUACCAAGUCAAAUUCGAUAGUUUCUAAUGAUGAUAAGAUAAAUAAGAAAGUUGAUGAUAAAGGUGUUGAUACAUCAAAAGAAUAUACCGAAGGUCAAUAUAUCACCACUCAUCAACAUUCUUACCAGCCACCUAGGAUCAGUGUUGAUUUGAGUCCAUCGCAUGAUGCUUUUGCUAGGAGCUUACGAUCAACACCGGAAAGGUCUAGUCCAUCACCUUCCAGAGAACGUACAAGUCCAGAGCGUAGAUUUAAAUCUGCUAGUCCUGAAAAGUAUAGAGCAUCACCAGAGAAAGCAGCAAGUCCUUCUAAAUCACUUAAUUACUCUUCAAGAAGGAGGUUGUCAUCCACACAUACAAAAGGUUUGUCAAAAAAACGAUCAAAUACACCCACUCGAGGUGAAAAAUAUGACUCUUCGGACGAUUCUGAUUGUUCUGGCGCAACUCAUGGCACUUACGAUAAGUAUAAAAGUUGUGACGCUAAAAAAACCUUAUUUAAAGAAGAAAAUAAAAUUACUUCAACAUCGAAGUAUGGCCAAAAAUCCUCAUCUACAAGUCCAGUACGGAGAGAAAAAUCUCCUGGAUAUAGCAGUGAAGGGUCAGUUGGAAAAGAAGUAAGAAAGUCCUCGUCUAAAGUAAAAAAUAGCUCUCAUGAAAGUAGUCCUGAAAGAAGUGCGUUUAAACCAGUAAAUAAUUUCAAAACAAUUAAAACUCAACAAAUUACUCAGGAUAAUAAAAUAAAUCACGCAACACAGGAAGAUAAUGUACACACAAACAAUUAUGAUUCUAAAAAUAAAAUAAAUGAGGAAAAACAUUUAAUUAAAGUUAUAACACCUGAAAUUGAUAAUGAUUUAAAUGAAAAAAAAAAUGAAAAUACAGAACAAGCAACAAAAAAUACUGAAAACAAUAUCUUAAAUUCAAAAAAAAAAUCCAAUCAAGAAAAAUUUAUCACAGAAGAACAAGUGCGUACAUCCAUUGAACAAGUCGAUAGUGAAAAAAUAACAACAGAUAACAUCGAAAUAAGCAAAUCAUCUAGGGAGAAAUCACCUUCAAAGAGUGUUAAGAAGGAAAAUAAAACAAAACAAGAAGAAUUUAUUGAAAAUGAAAAAUCGAAAGUAGCUAAACAGAGCACAAUCCCUAAUGAUGUCAUAACAAUAAGACCGAAAGAAAAAUCUCCAGUAAAAGAAGUUAAACCAGUUACAAAAGAUACUAAAACAUACACAACCGUUAAGUCUUCGGAAAAUAUGUCUUACUCUUCUGACAUUAAAUCUGUUACACCUACUAAAAAAACAAUAUCAGCAAUACCUUCGUCGAUACCUUCGCCAAUUAAGAAAGUUGUACCUUCAACUUUAGAGAAAACUCCAUCCAAAAAAACCCUUAUACACAAGGAUUCAAAAGAUAGUGUAUCAAAUAAAACUGUUAAAAAAGACCUUUCAAGAGAAAAAAUGGAUGUUAAAAUUACAAGAAGUGAUAGUAAGACUUUGAUACAUAAAAAUUCAAAAGAACGUAUUACACAAAAAACGGUUAUUAAAAAGCCUAGUCAAGAGUUUUUAGUAGACAAAAAAACUACAAUAUCAUCUAGACAAAAAGUUACUACUCCAGACACAAAAUCCAAUACUCUGGAAACAAUAAAAGUUCUCGAGAAGAAAGACUCAAAAAAUAAACUUAAACCUUCAAUUAGUCCACAGUCUUCACAAAAAAAAUUAGGUGUUGUAAAAUCAAUUGCUGAAACAAAAACAGUUAUAGAUUCUAAAAAAACCAUUGGAAACAUAAACUCAAAGAGGAUUCAUUCGUUGAAUGUAACCAAACCUAGAACACAUACUUCACCAAAGCCUGAUAUAAAUGAAACACCAUCUAAAGUAACAAAACCGUAUACCAAACCUAUCUCAACCUCAUCUUUAUCUAAGCCUCAAAUCAAAAAAACAACUUAUUCCCAUUCAAAUACAAAUACAAAAAAAGAAACUACUAAAAAUGAAAAACAAAAAUCGAAAGAUUUAGAGGAUGAAUUACCUCCAGAAAAUUUCGAAAGUGAUACUGACUUAGACGAUUCCACCAAUAAACCAAAAUACAUUAAAAAGGUAUCAUCCAAUUCAUCAACAUCUUCUUCGUCUUCGGAAGAUGACGAGGAAGAAAGAGAAGAUAAACGAAAAAUUCAAGAUAUUGAUAGUAUAAGAAUUGAAGCUGAAGAAGAAUACGGUAAAAAAAUGACAAACAAAGAUGCAUUACUAAAUGUUAUUGUUCAAUUACCUCCAUCGUCUAGAGAAUCAUCACCCGAGUAUUCUACUAGAUUUGGCCAGCCAUACUGUUCAGUAUCAGAUGAUGCAAGUUUGCCUAGAUAUGCUGAUGUUGUAAGUGAACCAGAAGAUGCCAAUGAUUACAGUUUACACUGUAAUAGAUAUGAUGUUGUAACAGAUUUAGAUGAAGAAAGUAGCGUUACAGUUGCUGACAGAGUUUCAAAGUUCUUAAACAAUGUCAACAAGCAAGAAGAAAUACAAAAAACCGAAAUACCCCAGAGUCCUCAAGCAGUAAGAAAAACCAAACAAAUAUUUGAAUCCAUUGCAAAAGGGAAAAUCGAAGAGACCGAUAUAAAUGAUGUAAUCAAAUCAGAAACAAUUGAUAUUGAAACUAAAGAAGUUCAUGAUUUGUCAAAAGUAAAUAAUACGCCAUCUUCUCUUUUGACAAGAAAAAUUUCUGGAGCAUCUGACUAUCAAACUCGAAAAGACUUCUUUGAGAAUAAAAAAUCGAAAGACGUAUCCGAAAAAGUUACACAUUUAACCCCUACUAAAAUAACAAGAUCAUCAUCGAUAAAGGACAGGCGUGCAUCGUUCGAAACAAAGAUUGAUCAAAAAACCCCGUUGAAAGACAAAACCAAUGUACCGAGAACAAAAUCACCAGAGGCUAAAAGUAGCUCUCCUGACCGAACCACCAAAACUCCGAUAAAAAUAAGCAAGACGGAAACAGUCGACGUUAAAGUUGAAGAAAUAAAUAGAUCUAGAAGACUGUCGGGAUCAAAAACUGUGAAAGAUAGAACGGCUACUUUUGAAAAGAAUGAACCCACUCAAAAAUCUUACAAGGAAAAUAAAACUACUUUUAAACACCAAGUGCCAAGCACACCUUUAAAUACAAGUAAAAUUUCAGAAACACGUAUUAAAUCAGCCACGGUGGCUGACACAAAAACUGUGGAUCGAGUCUUAACUAAAAGAGUUAGAAGUCCAGAAAAACUUUCAGCUACCGAUUCAGUAAUUAAAACCAACGAGAGUACUAUCAGAAAAGCAUCAUCAAAAAGUCCCGAUAGAAAAAUGACGGAAACUCCAAAAAGAAGUAUCACGACUAAAAGCCCUGAUAGACAAAUCACAGAAACUCCAAAAAGAAAUAGCAUAACUAAAAGCCCUGAUAGAAAAAUUGCGGAAACUCCAAAAAGAAAUAGCACUGCUAAAAGCCCUGAGAGAAGUGUAUCCAUCAAUACAAGAUAUGACACUAGUGGAAAUCAAAGUGCACGAGAUACAAUUUCAUCAUCAUCCAGACAGCGAGCCACUAUCACUACGGCUAAAACUGAAUUUGGAGUAACAGUGAAAAGUACAUCAACGCCAAAAACUACAAUAACAACAACAACAACAACAACUAAAUCGAUUCCUAUAAAUAACGCUGAUGACGAAGUGCAAAUCGAAGAAAUAUUUGAUUUACUCAUUUUAGAAACUAUGCUUGAAAAAGCAGUUGGAUACGAUCGCAGGAGACGAAUAAGAGCCCAAAUUCGAGUAGUGAAACGUCAAUUGGAGACAAACAGUGGAAAGGCAACAAAUACCACAACUCGUGUAACAAAGAACUUUCAAGAUGUUUUGCCAGUCAAGACACAAAAACAAAGUAACGUAACUGUACAAAAAACCGAGUAUGUUAAGAAGGCUGAAAUUAAAAAGGAAAGAAGUGUUUCACCUCAAAAAUCGUAUGCAAACCCAAUUGGAAAUUUGCGAUCUCCUUCACCUCAAAAGACUCUUAGGUCAGUUGUAGAAACUCGAACACCAUUAUCUACACAAAAAGCUGUUCGAACAAUUGAAAAUGAACGAUCUCCUUCUCCUCAAAAAACUGUGACAUCAACUGAGAAAGUUCAAACUCUUUCAUCUCAAAAAGUAACUCCUAUUGAAAAAGUCCGAUCUCCUUCACCUCAAAAGAGUACUCCAACUGAAAAAGCCAGAUCUCCUUCACCAAAAAAAGUGUCUGUAGUCCAGCAACAACAAGAUUCGCGAUUCAACAAAAAUGAAAAGUCUUCUAGAAACUCUACUAUCACCUCUACCUCAACAACAGUCACUAAAACUACCAAAGUAAAAAGUGAACAAGUCAACAGCAGCACUAAUCUUUAUCAAGAACAAAACGUUACCGAUUUGAUUACGUCCAGCUACGGCGUAGGCCCCACUGACGACAAUGGUAGACCGUUGUUCGGAUUGAGAGCUCUCAGGAAAAACAACGCCACUCAAUUGGUUGGAAGUGCUAACGAUUCGUCGUCAACUGCCCGCUGCGAAGCUGAAUCGCGCCACACUCAGGUUUCUGAUCAAAAACAUAAAUCGUUCGGUCUGAAAGCGCUACAAUCCGAGAACACGUAUACGGUACAAGAGUCGUCAAGCACUGUGUACCAAACAGGGUCCGAUCAAAAAGGGGGCGUCGAUCAAUUGAUCACCGACCACAAGGGCAAACCGCUUUUCGGGCUGAAAGCAUUGCAGAGCAUCGGCAAAAACGAAGACGAACCUAUUUACGACGACAUGCCAGAACCGCCGGUAUCCCCACAACUAAAGGAUCUGGUGCUCAAGCACGAAAAACACGCAAAAGAGAGUUCCAAGCUAGACUUACAACCUAGACAAAAACCAAAAGCAAAAUUCCGAGAUAGUUUUAUACUUGAUACUAAAGAUGAGGGUUUGUAUUCAACUUUUGAAGAAAAUGGAUUCACAGACCCCAACGAAAUUACUGCGUUGCGUUCGAUCAUUAAAAAAACAGAAGAUGAUCAAAACAAUGAAACUAUAGUUAAAAGUAAAAGUCAAUCGACAGUAUUUCAAUCAAAGAGUGUUAUGCGGUCCGAUGGAUCUGGAAACGUUUCAGUCACACAAGAUUUCUUGAAAGGUGAAUUGUCUUCUGUGAAUGAACAAGAACCAUCAGGAAAACUUACUCGAGGACAUUACACCUAUCAGAGCCCAGAUAAUUUAGAUUCCAAAAAAGGCAUUGCUAAAGUUACUACAGUCACAACAGCUAUCGGCAAAGACACUGGUCCCCAAAUUACUGAAAUAACCGAAGAGCUCAGUGACAAUGAUCGAGUUGACGGAAACAAAGUAGUAAAAAGGAGUCGAACCAAUGACAAAUUUGAAAAUAUUCAGAAAAGGUUUAGCCAAGAAAGUUUUAAUCAAGACAGCAGACGUUCAUCCAAAGAAUUAAAUGGAUAUGAAAAACCUGAAGAAUCGCCACAGUCCACUCCGAGAUCGAGUUUGGUGCGCGGAGAUUCAAUCAAGGCGCUUCAACAUAAAUUUCAACAAGCCACUGUUUCAUCUAGUUUGAAACAGAAUAGAACUGCUAAAUCGGAUGUGUCUAGUAGCUCUCGACAAGUUGAAGAAAAAACAGUAACUACUAAAGUGAAUACAACAAAAAACAGUGGAACUGCUACAUCCUUUCUUGACAACAAUUCAAGAGUGACUGGUGUGCAAGAUGUCUUAACCAGAAUGCGAAAUGCUGAUCUAGUUGUAGAAAGUGGUGAUACCAAUGAAGACAUUGAAGCCCGUGCACUUCUUAACAAAUUUUUAGGCGCAUCAGUCAUCCUUCAUGGAAUGGAACAAGGAAACAAAUCUCCUGCUUCAAUUAAUACUACAAGUAGCGCUUCACUUGUUAACCAAGUUGAAAAACAAAGAGCACAGAAAUCUCCUGUGAUUAGGAAGAACCUGAACGAACAAGAACUCGAUAAUAUUUGGGACGAAAAACAAUUACAAAUUUUGUUGGAAUCUUGCCCAGACUACGAUCAAAGGAGAAAAAUCAGAGCCAGGUUAAGGCAAAUCAUGGCAGAACAAAAAGCGUGUACGGACGUCGUCGCCCAGGCUGGCCUAACGGACAACACCUCGAGCAACGGAAAAAACGAAGUUACCGAAACGAAUUCGACAAGCGUGUCCACCAAAACCGGAACUGGAUCGUAUGUAAAAACUGAAGUGCAUACUAGGACAACAACUUCUAGUAACCGUCUGACUAAAGCAAAUAGCGUUAGUUCUUCACCGUUUGCCAAGUUCCAGCAACUCGAACGCCAGAACUCGGCUCCAAACUCACAAACGCGUCCUUGCUAUAAAUUCACCGACCCCGCCCUGGCGCGGAGCGCUUCGUCAAUCAAAGAUCGCCUACUCAACUGGGUUAAAGCUCAGACGAAGGAAUAUAAGAACCUCCAAAUAACUAAUUUCUCGACGUGUUGGAGUGAUGGUCUUGCGUUCUGCGCCCUCAUCCACCAUUUUUACCCGGAAGCAUUCGACUACGAUAAAUUAACACCCGAAAAGCGAAGAGAAAACUUCGAAAUUGCAUUCAAAGUAGCCGAGGACGAAGCAGGUAUCGCGCCGCUUUUGGACGUCGAAGACAUGGUCGUCAUGCGGAAACCUGACUGGAAGUGCGUGUUCACGUAUGUGCAGACGUUCUACCGGCGGUUCCACAACGACCCCCGAUCCGUCAAACCUUCGUACUUCGAAGGAUGAUAAAGCGGCGUCCUGUUUAAUCCUGCGGCUACGUUUUUGGAUGCAGUUCGCUAAAAAUUAUUACUAUUUUAUUGUUAUUACACAAAUUUUGUUAAAAAAAAUCUAUCAUAAAUCGUCUCGUACCCCUUCUUUUAUAUACUUGGUUAAUUCGUCUAUUCGAUUGAUCAACAAGUAUAGGAACGAUUCGUACCUAUAUAAUAUUUAUAUAUGUUACAUGUUACAUUUUUUUAUUUUUUUUUUUGCUGUACAUUGUUGUACCUACCUAUCUAAAAAUGGGUUUGAUUUUCGGCUCUACCUACAUAACUAUUUGGUAGAUUACUAACUACUUAGUAUGUAUUGUUUUUAUUCAUACCCUCCCCACUAAUUUUACAAUAAUAAAUUACUUUUGCCGGUAAUAUUUCUACGUUUGCUCCGGUUAAACGCUAAAAAUGAUGAAUGAGGCCUGUAGGUGAUAUUAUAUUUUAUCAUAUAGUUUAAAUAAUUAAGUUAUUAUUAUCAUAGACAAUAAUAUAUAAUAUAUUUAUUUGUAUAGUGUAUACAUUAUACUCGAGCGUCGUUACAACAAUAAUAUAUUCCAUUAUUAUUAUUAUUUUUUAAUUCAAAAAUUCUCCGUCCCAUAAUAUUUUAUGCCAACCACAAGUCGACUUGGUAGCGGUCUUGAUUUUUGCUUUUCCCCUGUUACAGUGAUUGGAGUUUAAUUAUUCAUCAGUCAUCACCAUUUCAAAUAAUUCGAUAUAUUGUUAGGAUAUUUUUAAAUAUCCGAUUUUGUAGUUGUCCAAAUGAUAGUUGAAAUAAUAUUGUUGCCCACGCAACAAUGCCGUAGGAGAAUACGAUAAUAAUAUUUAGUAUUGUCUUACUUCAAAUGGCCA